CCCUGGGACCUGCGCCAAGGUCCCUCAGUCUCUUUCUCCAAACCGCUCUCUUCCAGCUUGUGCUAUCCCCAGCAGAGAGGUAGCCUAACAAAUACCGCCGCGACUUCUCGUCCUCUUCCGUCACAAGCUCCGCCGAGAGCUACGUCCAUGUACAUCGGGGCCGGCUAUAUAUCCCGUCGUCGUCAUCAUCAUCGAGAAAGCACACCUCCAGAAGCGCAUCAACAUGGGCGCGUUAAGCUAUAGCGCCGGGGGUCUCACCUCCCUCUUGUCUGUCGUCGGUCUAUACAUGCUCUUUACCGGUUCCGGCGAGUCCUUCAACGUCGGAGCUUUCCUCGAGAGCGUAUCGCCUUACGUGUGGGCAGACCUCGGAAUCGCGCUCUGCAUCGGCCUGUCAGUCGUCGGCGCAGCAUGGGGAAUUUUAAUCACCGGCUCAUCCAUCCUUGGCGCCGGCGUUAAAGCACCACGGAUUCGAACCAAGAACCUAAUAUCCAUCAUCUUUUGCGAGGUUGUCGCUAUCUAUGGCGUUAUCAUGGCCAUCGUGUUCUCGUCAAUGGUGGGCUACGUCGGCGACAGCGAACUCUUCAACGGAAACAGCUACUAUACAGGCUACGCGUUGUUCUGGGCAGGCAUAACCGUGGGAGGGUGCAAUUUGGUCUGUGGCAUCGCUGUUGGUAUUAACGGCAGCGGCGCAGCUCUCGCGGAUGCCGCGGAUCCUACUCUUUUUGUCAAGAUCCUUGUCAUCGAGAUCUUCAGUUCGGUCCUGGGUCUCUUUGGUUUAAUUGUCGGCCUCCUCGUCUCCGGCAAGGCAAACGACUUUGGUGCUGUGUAACCCUCGGCCCGGUCCGAGUGGUAUGCAGUGUUUAAAAAAAAUUGGGAUGGCAUCAAGAACUCAUUAAGGGUUACCAGUGUUUAGAAGACGGCCUCAAAGAGAGCCGUGGUCUGACCACCUGAGCCAGCGCGUGUACUACUAUGUGGGAAAAGUAAGCAUGACCAUAGUUCAUGAGGGUUGCUUGGGUUAAGAAGACGCCUCGCAUGCCAAUCUGGCACAGGCUGGAGUAUUAGCAGGCUGAUAAAUUCUACAUGUGAUGAUAGCAACUAAGAAGCGGGCGAAAUUAUGCACGAGGGACGACUAUGUUCGUCUGAUCUUACCUGCUGUUGACAACCACAUGUUGGAAUACGGCUCAUCAUUAUACGUAUCGUCAUUAUCAUCAGAGGGCUAUAUUACCUAUCUGUCAUACUAUUUAGCGAGUGGCAGUCUUCCUCUACUUCCGCGGAGAGGCAACAGCUAACGGGCCUCAAUUCAUGCUUGUAUCGGGCUGGAAAAGAUUUGUACCUGUCAAAGAAUCAAAUCGUCAGGGAGACGAUGGUUCCAGCUACGCCAUUCGGUCU